AUGAAACCAUUCACAGAUGAAGAUGUAGAAAUCUACAUCCAGAGCAAGGUGGAACGGCGGCAUUACCUGGUUUCCAAAGCAGUGGAGGAGGUGCAGAAAAUCAUUCAGCAGCUGACUGCAGAAAUCAGCUACAAGGCAGUGCGAUUUCAGGCUAUCUCCAACUCUGGCAUUCACAAUGAGAACAUUAAGGUCUUAGCACCCAGCCAAUUCCUCAUCACAGUUCCUCUGCGUGGCCUGACCGGUUACAGGGAAUCCCAGGUACGUCACUGGCGCUAUUACACCGUGAAUGGAGCCAAGCUCCUCUCCUCCGUGCGGGACCCUGAGGAAUUGCAUCAGUGGCUGGAGGUGGAACAGUUCUCAAAAAGCCUUCAGCAGUGGCAUGAAGAGGAUGUGAACAUCGAAGGUGAUCUGGUUCCAGCGAAAGUCCUUGUUGUCUUCCGGGAGCUGGUGGAGAAGUCGAUCGUCUCCUGUAACCUUUCCAGUAAAGUGACAGUGCUGGAGAGUUUCAGCUCAGUGAUCCGGUUGGCUGUGGAGACGUCAGAAUCCCAGGUAGAGGUGGAGCUGGUCCCUACUGUGGAGAUUCCAACUUGCUGGCCCGAGAAAGCUCGGUGGCCUCGUUGCCUUAAGCGCUGGCCUUCUAAGGAAAAAGUGCAAUGCAUCAAGUCGCUGGGUUUUGACCUCCUGGCCCGCUCUAAUUAUCACUGGCAGCUGUGCUUCUCCCGUGCUGAGCACAUCCUCAUGGAGGGACUUGAUGAAGAUGGUGGCUGUCGCAUGAAGUGCUUCAGGGUCAUGAGGCAGAUGAAGGAAGACGUCUGGUGUGCUGGAAAUAAGCCUGUCAUCACAGCUUAUCACCUUCAGACAGUGCUAUUCUGGACGUGUGAAAAAUACCCACGCACCAAGGAUUGGCGCUGCUUCCCUGAAGCCUUUCUGAGGCUGGUACAGAAGCUGCACAAGUGUGUAAGCCAGCACUUCCUCAAGCAUUACUUUCUCAAGAACACCAAUCUGCUCAAAUAUGCCAACACCAGUGACCUGGACCUAGUGGCCAGCAAGCUCACAGUCUUCUUGGAGAAACCUGUUUUCUGCCUGGACUAA